AUGAUUCUGGCCAGUCCGGUGUGGAAGAAGAUAUUCGAGCGGCACUGGAGUGAGAAUGGAACGGCCGCUAUCUCAUUACCCGAUGAUGAGCUAGAUGCAAUGCACAUUGCCCUCCGAAUAGCUCAUCUCCGCUUCCACGAAUUGCCCAAGAAGAAUGGACUCACCAUCGAUGCCCUUCUCCAACUUUCAGUCGUGUGCGACAGAUACGACCUUGUCAAGCUAGUUCGACCGUUCUUGGAUCUCUAUGGCUGGGCUCAGUGCCACUACCCUGAUACCACUUCAGGGGAACGAUGUCAUCCGGCCUGGUUCCUUGUGGCGUGGACCUUUGGCUACAAGGACAGCUUCCAAAACCUUGCCAAGUUUGUAGUCAAAAGGACUGGCUUAGAUCAACGUGGGAAUGCAAUGAUGGAUAGUGGCCAGGCAUUUCCGCUUCAUAUGCCACCAGCACUACUUGAACGGAUAAUGGAAAUCCGAGAAGCCACUCUUACAGCCAUGCUUGAUGUUCUCUACGAUAUCUUGGACGACAUCACACACGUCUAUGUGUGUCAAGUGGAUGAAUCAUGUGAGCAAAAGUGUCGCGCCAUGGUUUUGGGUUCAUUCAUCUCCUUCCUCCUAGAAAGCAAUCUCUACCCAGUACGACGCGCGGCUUCCGGGACUUCUUUGAGUAUUCAGCAACUGUAUGAUCAUGCAAAUGCUGCUGAGAUUCUUACGUUUGAAUCGCACGACUACGUAGAGAUGGCAGCCCAUGUAAAGCGAACCAAUUGCGAUCCGGCCAAAGCUACAGCCGACACAUUCAAACACCAAGGCGGUCUCAUUCUCCACAAAAAGUGCUUUGGAGCAUUUCAUCUUCGGUCGAAAUUGCGAGCGAUUUAUUCGGACAUCGACUCGGUAGUGCUCCCAUCUCAUAUACAGCAUAUGGACGAACAGGCUGCAAAGUAA